AUGAUGGCACGUCCGCGAGCCGCGUCGAGCGCGGACACCCCCAAGGAACCCCAUGCGGUCUCUCUCAAAGUUCUACGCCUCUCACGACCUUCACUGUCAUAUCAAUCCCCUCUCCCCACGGCCAACACGAAGAUCUCCCCCAAGGCAUCAUUAAGCCACCCAUCCACAGAAGCCGACCCUCAAUUCAUACUCACACCUAAUCUCACCCUUCCCCCCGCAUUCGGAUCAGUCUACGUCGGAGAAACUUUCGCAUGCACACUCAGCGCAAACAAUGAAAUCGCUAGCGAUGAAACGGGGCGGGCCGUGACAUCGGUACGUAUCGUGGCCGAAAUGCAAACGCCCUCGUCCGUCGCAACCCUGGAACUCGACCCCGCUGGUGACGCGGCCCAAACAGACGGGCUCCAGAUUGGCGAGUCCUUACAAAAUAUCGUUAGGUACGAUCUCAAGGAAGAGGGAAACCAUAUUUUAGCUGUCAGCGUCAGCUAUUCGGAGACUAGACUUGGCCAGGAUUCCCAGGCAGCAAGCAAUCGAGUCCGGACUUUCCGCAAGUUGUACCAGUUUGUUGCGCAGCCUUGUCUCAGCGUGCGGACUAAGGCAUCUGAGCUUCCGCCGUUGGAGGUGGAAAACAAGUCACUGGGCCCUUAUGGGAAAACGCGUCUGCUCCGCUUUGCCCUGGAGGCGCAGUUGGAAAACGUGGGAGAUGGCGCGGUCGUGGUCAAGCAAACCCGGCUGAAUCCCAAGGCGCCGUUCAAAUCGCAAUCCCUUAAUUGGGACACGAGCGAAACCGAAUCCGCACCACCAACCCUAAACCCGCGCGACGUGUUACAGGUUGCAUUCUUAGUGGAACAAGAAGAAGGCCGCCAGGAAGGUCUCGAGGGUCUACAGAAAGAUCUUAAGCGAGACGGCCGCGCCACGCUGGGCCAAUUGUCCAUCGAAUGGCGUGGUGCAAUGGGCGACAAGGGCUUCCUCACAACGGGGAACCUGAUGAGCCGGAAACGCACUUGA